ACUGCAAACAGCAAGAACGGUGGGGAGACGAUGAUGGUGGCGAGCGUGACUGCAGCGGCCGGCGCUAGCACCGUCGUAGCUACAACAACAACAACAACGGCGUUAACGACGAGACAGCGUGCACAGUAACACCAGGCCAUUGUCACAGCGGAGUAGGGGAGCACGGACGAGGCGGGUGUAGAGAAAGAGAGCGAGAUAAGCAAGUGUGGAAGGCAGCCAGUCAGGAAGAGAACGCCAUGGCCGCCGAGCCCAAGUACGAGCUGCUGAGGGAGCUGGGCCGAGGCAGCUUCGGCGUGGUGUACGAGGCUGUGGUACGGGGCACUGGUGCUCGCAGGGCAGUCAAGAGGAUCCGCUGUUGCAGCCCCGAGAGUGUGGAGCUCGGCCUACAGGAGCUGUGGGCGCUGAAGAGCGUGCGACCGCCGCGGGGACACCACAACGUGGUGCGCUUCGACGAGUGCGUGCUGCAGCACAACGGGCGCGCUGCUCGCAUGGCCAGGGACGACUACGAGCGCGGAGAGGCGUACCUGAGGCUCGUGGAGACGUCCCUCAAGGGUGAGCGCUGCUUCGGUCCGGGCAACUCCUACUACCUGUGGCUGGUAAUGGAGUACUGUGACGGUGGUGAUAUGAAUGGCUAUCUGCUGUCGCGCCAGCCCGACCACUGGCUCAACACAAGCUUUGCAAUGCAGCUCAGCCGCGCUGUCGCCUUUCUGCACCGCAACAGCAUCGUGCACCGAGACCUCAAGCCCGACAACAUCCUGGUGGCUGAGAACUCCGGCCGGCCUGUGCUUAAGGUGGCUGACUUUGGUCUAAGCAAGAUAUUCGCUGGCCAAGGACAGGGCCCGAGCAAUGGCGAGUCGGUGAAUCGCCCAUGGCUGUCUCCUGCAUGCGGCUCUUCCUUCUACAUGGCACCCGAGGUGUGGGAGGGUCACUUCACUGCCAAGGCCGAUAUCUUUGCGCUGGGCAUCAUCGUGUGGGCCAUGCUGGAACGCAUCACCUUCACCGAUGCCGAGUCCAAGCGCAAGCUGUUGGGCUCCUACGUGCGCCAGGGCCGGCGCAUCGUGCCGGUGGGCGAGGCGCUGCUUGAGAACCCGCGUACGGAGCUGCACAUCCCACGGCGCCGCCACAGCCCCAUGAGCACGGCGAUGGCGGUGCUGGUGCGCGAGAUGCUGUCGCCGCAUCCACAGGAGCGGCCCGACUCGGUCACGCUGGAGGCUCGCGUGCGCGAGGCUGUGGCCUGCGCCGUGUGACGUCCGCACCGCUCUGCCUGCCAUCUCCACCGCUGACACCCCUUGACGCCCAUUCUGCUGCCUCCCCAGCCUCUGCACCUGCCCUUAGUGUGUACCUACUACCUCCUGGCUUCAUUCUCCUCAAGCCCAGCCAAGAAAGCAUCCUUUGAUAAUGUUUCCCGGUUCUCAAGCAAGCCAUUUAACACCACUGCAAGGCAUUUACGUGGGGGGGGGGGGGGGGGUGCGAGAAGCGUGGAAUCUGGGAGGUGGGGGCGGCGAUAAGGGGGUGAUGCGGUUGGUGAGGGGGCAGCUGGAAGGGCUCGGAAGGGCUUUACAGCAUCCAUCGUGAAUCCACAGUACAAGGGGUGGUGGCUGCUACAGGGCGGGGUGACACCUUUCGGUCAAAACAAACGCAAGGCACAACUGUUUGAGUGCCACUUGAACACUGUGAAACAUAGUAACUUAAGUAAUAAAGGAAUAUAAACUGACCAGUGAUUUGUGCGUGGUGGGAUUGGCCUUCUGAAAAUGACCAAAGCUGGCUGCUUCCGCUUGUUUAAGAGGAGAACUGAUGGGUGAAUGUAGCCAUGAUUGUGGCGCUGUUUUAGCAUACUGCUGCAGUUUCCUCUGAAUGUUAAACUACCUGGCAUUGGUUUGAAAAACUAUAUGAAUAAGGUGAUGCCCACCACAUCACUGGACUUGAAAUGGACCAUCGUUGAGUUUAUGGUGUAACUUUAUUUUUUAUGUUGUCAUCAUUUUAUGCGAGUACAUCGUGGCGGUGACAAAUGUUUGCGCUGCACUCGAAUGUUCUGGCUGUGUGGGUCGAUGAUGUGAGUGAGCGAAUGUGUCGGUGAAUUAAAGGGACAUGCAAAUAAAAAGAGUAACACCUUCCCUUAAUCAUUCCAGGUGAAAAGUAAAGCCUAGUUUGAAUUUCCCUUUGAAUUGAAUGUCCAAACAGCAUGACGAGUGACCUAAUGAUAUUCACUAGGUUAACUUUCCACUAACAUUUGAAAGGGAUCUAUGCAAUUACUUUUUCAGUUAGAUUUUUGAAUAAACUUCUUUAAAAGAAAAACACAAUUUUAUUCAUGUUAGAGCAGCAUGUCGCCCACAGGGAUUGUUUUUGUGGUCGGGUGCAUUUUUUUUUCAUUGGCGAUUUCAGAAAAUGUAGAUAUAUUUCCUUGACUGCAUGGCACACGGGUGGCUGGAAUCCACUCUAAACGCAGCAUUUUUGGUCUGGACAGCAUAUUUACGUUGGUCCUGUUUCACAUUGGUCCUAUGUCACAUUGGUCCUGUUCACAUUGAGCAGUGAUUUGCAACUGCUUUUUAGAGUUUGGCCCACAUCUCUCAGUGUAUGGCAGUUUAAUUCCUAAGCCAUGCACAGAGCAUCAUCUCAAUUUCUGUCAUUUGGUUGUUGGACCAAUCUUUGGUACACGGGGUACCUACUCUGGCACACAUGCAAGGGUAUAACAUUACUAUUUGAAAAUUGGAGAUUGGUACCACAAUUCUGAUAUACCGUGAAAUAUUUAUUAAAUCUUUGUCACAAUCUCUAAAUUCAAAUACAUUCACCAGGUUGUGUGUUCCACUUAACAUUCUGCGAAACAAGUACAGGGGGGAUUCACAGUCGUGAAAGAUUUGACGUCUGCUUUACAUGGCAAUAAUAGGCAAUGUUAAAUAACACAUGCAAUGUAAUAUUAGUGGAAUUACUUUUGGUCAGUAUGUGGAUUUUGAAAGUUAAACUGUCGAUGGACUGGGCUUUUGGCUGGCACUGAACGGUGCAAAUGGUGCAUCUACAUUCAUCAAACUGGUUUCACUUGUAUAGGUGCACUGCCAAUGGCUAAGAGCUGCAUUUUCUUUAUGCAGUCUUAGGGCAGGUAACAUGACAAAGCAAAUCCCAAAUAUGCUUUGGGCAGUGUAAAUACACCUUUAAUUGUCGGGCCACUACCCUAAAUGCCUCGCAAGUAGCACACGCCGUUUGCACUUACGACCAGCAGAAGCGUGUUUAUCCUGCGACGCAUUCUGGUGCAAUAUAUGGGUAUAGCAGGUGAGAUUGGGCAGUAAACAGAAGAUGAAAUUGGUCAUUUUAAGCACUCAAAAUAGAAAAUGUAAUUCAGAUUUUAAAUGGCUGAUUUCUAAAAUUCAAAACGAGGCAAAUUCUCAUCGUUUUGCAUAACAUUCUGAGCACUUAGAGCGAUAAUGACCUUGUUCAAUAGCUCUAAAUGAUUACAGUGCACCUAUAUUUAAGAAACUAAAAGCCACUCUUAUGUCAAAACAGCACAUGCCACUCCUACUGCGUGAUCUGUAGUGGGUCCUUGGUAAAAAAAAAAAUUAGAUGCCCAUUGAGCAUAGCAAAAUACCUUAAUUGGCAAGAUAUAUUACACGCCAGAAACGGUUUCCCUAGCAUUUUAAUUCAUCAAUUUGAAACGCUGAAUGAGUUUGCUGCAAGGUGAAGUUUAUGUUGUAAAUGGCCUAUCGAUUACUGAAUGUUCAGGGAUGUUGCUUUGAACACUUGCGUCAAGUCGGCAGCAAUGAAUGGGCCCUUAAGUGCAUUUGACGGUAAAAAGGUGUAUUUUACUCAUUUGUUUGGUGACAUUACAUGAUACAUUGCAGCAGUGAAUAAGUCUCCAUCCCUUUACAUAUGCAUGCCUUGCAAAGCAUUCCUUGGUCAACUUGGCUAAUAUAAUUUCACAUCAAUUACAGUUACUAUUAGAGCGUAAUGUAUGGUUUAUACAUUUCCGUGCAUCUCAAUCAUUGAAAAUUGUUCACAAUUCAUGCUAGGUUGUUACUAUAUGGGUGUUUUUAAUUGUUAAACGCAACAUUUAUUAUGCUACAGUGAUGUACAAAAUGGUUUUAAUUCGCACGUUCUAAUAUGCAUGCUUUUGUUGCACUCGUGUGUGUAAUUUUUACCAACAGACGUACACUAAGCCAGGACGUAAUACAUGCUAAGCUUUCAGUAAAUCCACACAGUUUCUAAUGACAGAUUGCUGACAGAAUCUUUUGGAGGUUUAGUGGCUGCUGUGAUGGCAUUACAUUGAGCACCAAAUUAUUACACCAUUCACCCAUUUAAAAAUGUUGUUGUAACAACAUUUUAACUUCAUCUAUACAUUUUGAUUUAAAGCUUUCGUGACUGCAGGGAUUCAUAUUGGUUCUUUUGGUAAAGUCACGUAGAAGGGAAAUAAUAAAUAAAAAUACAAAUAUAAAACAAUAUAAAUUCUCACGAAACGCCGUGAGCAUUUUUAUUGUUUUAUAUAUUUUUUUUUCCCUUCUACGUGACUUUACAGAAAGAACCAAGAAUAGUAAUCUAUACAAUUGUACACCCCAAUCACACGUGCCCAGAAAACAAACAAAACAUGAUAUUUUAAUCUUGGUUGCAAAUUCCUGUGUUAAAAUGAACGUCUAUAACAGUUGAUCAUGUUGUGUUGCUACCCUUCUCAAAAAUAAUAUAUCUGCUAAGCCAGUUUGCAUCAGUACUGAGGAAUGGAAAGUUGUCACUACAAGAUGAAUUUUAACCCCCUGUUAUUUGCACCCACCAUGUGCUUUGUUGUUACGACAGGCGUUGUACAAUACCAAAUGUUUACCGGUUAUGUGCUUAUGUGCGUUUCCUACUACGACCAAACUGCACCCUGUUUGCAUCUGUCUCAACCGGCUGGCUUUGUUUAUUGCCCUCCUUGCAUCGGACUCAUAACAGGCCCUUGCUGCGACUCGCAAAUUUGCUGGACAAUGGGACUUUUACUUACGGUUAAGAAACAACUUGGGGCCCAGGCAGCGGGUCGUUGGCAAUGUUACGUCUCGUCUGUUUCACGUUGAAUUCUUCCUGUCCGUAAGGUGUGCAGAUGGAGGGACAGUUACAGUUUUUUUUUUAAUGAGAUUACACAACCUUGCACCAGCACCCAUCGGUCCUAUUUCUAAUAAGUAUCUCAUCACCCAGUACUAUUUGAUGAUCAUUUUAAUCAAACGUUCAAUUCUUUUUUUUUCCCACUGAAAGCAUGACGAGGCACUAAUCUGUUUACAGCCCUAAGUUAAUGGUGGUAACUCCACAUUCCUACAACCGGGAUUAAAUUGAACGAGUCGGUGUUGACAAUCCCAUGGGGAUGAACGGCUGAAUUAACUUCUAACUGGGACUUCUGGUAACGUUCCGAUAGCGGUGAUUGGCCUUUUGCUUGCGCUGCUCCCAGACUAUGGAUACUUUGGUAAUUAGGCAGAGCCAUUAGAGUUAUUUAAAUAUGUAAAAAAAACACCUCGUUUUAAUUUGACCUUUACCCCCUAGUCUUAGCCGUUUACCCUGGUUCUGUUUUAUUACCUGUUUUCCAUACACGGCGCAUUGUGAUCUACGGAUGAAAUGGACUUCACAAAUUCAAAUUAUUGUUAUUCUCUAACCACUACACCACUUAGCUGAAUUGUAAUGUAGCGAUCGGGAUGACUUAAAUCUGUUCUUUAUAUAAUUUAAGCAUAGGCCACAAUAUAUACAUUAUUGACAGUAGAUGAAUUAGUGGGAGCAAGUGCCUACUUUUAAAAUCCUAUUAUCGUUUUUGGACUGCCCCAUGUGCUUUAGAAAUAAUCGGAGAUAAGUUUUUUUUCAUUAAGUAUUUAAAUCUGGGGAAAACCCAGCGGGGUUCACUUUGCCUGCUUUUCAAACAGUGCAGGAGAGAUGAUACGUGGCAUUUGACAAGCAUCUAGGUUUACUAUCGGUGCUUACAUUUUAGCGUGUUAGGUGACACGGCUUGAGUCAAUAUACCUUGCACAAGUGGUUCACCGAGCUUUUUAAACAUAAACAACCAGCUCUAACCAUUAGUGCAUUAGGCAUCCAUUGGUAGGUUUACCUCUUGAUUAGACGGGCAACUUUAGAGAAACCACAUGAACCCUAUAUAAAUGUGCUGAUGAUUUUUCUACAUCCAUUGUAGGUGUUCGUCGACUGUUCUACAAUCAGUGUAUCAGUGAAACCCCCAGGUUAAUGCAGCAACGAAACUUCAGUGUAAAAAAAAAGUUCAAUAUUGUUAUUUAUUACAUCCUAAUGUUUAAAAAAAAUUGGAAAGUGUGAGACGGUAAUAAACGAGCUGCUGAAAUCAUU